GGGUGGGGAGCGGAAGGCCCCGGUUACGGCGGCUGAGGAGAGACAGAGUCGGGCGAAUAGGGAGAGGGCGCGCGAGCCAGCGCGGAGGGGGCCGGAGCCGACACGGUGCGCGUGUGGCGCGGGAAGGAGGAGGAGGAGGAAGGAAGAAGGAAGGAAGGAAGGAAGGAAGGAAGGAAGGAAGGGGGUCGAGCGCGGCGCCGGGCGCCGCCGCCGGGAAGGCGGUCUAGGGGUUGUAAGCGGAGCCGGUGGCCGGGAGCAGGAAACGCCGCGGGCGGCGGUAAGGCCUUCAGCGGAGCGCCGUCGGGAGACCCGCCGACCGGCGCGUAGGUCCAUGGUCAAAGGCUUUGAAGUAACCAUGGAUAAAAGAGGAGGCGUGACAGAAACUGAGAACGGUGAUGCUUUCCUGGAGUUGAACAGAAUUGCGACAAAAUACCCGCAUCGUUACACAAAGGAGGAACUGCUGGAUAUUAAAGAGCGUCCCUACUCUAAGCAAAGACCUUCUUGUCUUUCUGAAAAAUAUGACAGUGAUGGCGUCUGGGAUCCAGAGAAGUGGCAUGCAUCUUUAUAUCCGAGUUCAGGAAGAACUUCACCAGUAGAAAGCUUUAAAAAAGAUUUGGAUUCAGAUCGGACUUCUCUUAUGCGUAGGAUAGUAGAUCCAAGAGAGCGAGUGAAAGAAGAUGACUUGGAUGUAGUCUUAAGUCCACAAAGGCGAAGCUUUGGAGGUGGCUGUCAUGUAACUGCAGCUAUUAGCUCACGUCGAGCAGGGAGCCCAUUAGAAAAAGAGAAUGACGGUGUCCGUGUUAUUGGUGGCCGUAGGAUUGGCAGCGGAAGAAUUAUCUCUUCUCGUAACUUUGAUAAAGACCACCGGGGUGGUGAAAAAGACAUACGUGAUUCUAGAGAUGCAAGAGACCGAGAUCGUGAGAGGGACUACAAAGAUAAACGCUUCAGGAGGGAAUUUGGUGACAGCAAACGUGUCUUUGGGGAGCGAAGAAGGAAUGACUCUUACACUGAAGAGGAACCCGAGUGGUUUUCUGCUGGUCCUACAAGUCAGUCUGAAACCAUUGAGCUCACCGGCUUUGAUGAUAAAAUUUUGGAGGAAGAUCACAAAGGGAGAAAACGUACAAGACGACGCACGGCCUCACUAAAGGAAGGGAUAGAAUGCAAUGGUGGAGUGGCAGAAGAGGAUGAAGCGCAAACUGUCCUUGCCAAUGAAACUCCAGCAGAUCAAGAAGUUCCUAGGGAAGCUGUUUUACAAGAACCAGCUCCAGGAGAGUUUGACUUCAAUGAGUUCUUUAACUUGGAUAAAAGUGUUCCCGGGCUGGCUUCGAUGAUAGAAGAUGUGCUGGGGGAAGGUUCAGUGUCUGCCAGCAGGUUCAGCAGGUGGUUUUCUAAUCCUAGUCGUUCUGGAAGUCGGUCAAGCAGCUUGAGAUCUACACCACAUGAGGAACUGGAGAGGCUAGCAGGUCUAGAGCAAGCCAUUCUCUCCCCUGGCCAGAACUCUGGAAACUACUUUGCUCCCAUUCCAUUGGAAGACCACUCUGAAAACAAAGUGGACAUCCUAGAAAUGCUACAGAAAGCCAAAGUGGACUUAAAACCUCUUCUCUCAAGUCUUUCAGCCAACAAGGAAAAGCUUAGAGAGAGCACACAUUCAGGGGUUGUACUUUCAGUGGAAGAAGUCGAAGCUGGGCUGAAAGGCCUGAAAGUGGAUCAGGAGGGAAAAAUUGCUACUCCAUUUAUGGCUGAGCAAAUGGAGGAAGCAUUGAAUGUUGCUGGCUCCAGACAGAUCAAGAAAGAUGGAGAUAUGACUGCAUUUAACAAACUAGUCAGCACUAUGAAGGCAAGUGGGACUCUACCUUCGCAGCCCAAAGUCAAUCAGAGCCUUGAGAGCCACUUAUUGUCACCUCCAGAGAUGCCGGGCCAGCCUCUAUCAAAGAAUAUUCUGCAGGAACUUCUUGGUCCACCCAUUACCAGACCUGCUUCAUCAAAUGUGUUAAGUGGCCUCAUAGGUGGUUUGGAACCUGCAGCCUCUUUACUGACACAAAGAGCGCCUUCUCCCCCGAUUCCACCUGUGUUUCCAACUAGAGCUGCUUCUGCAGAUUACCUGCGCCAUAGAAUAUCUUCACCCAUUGGUUUUGGACAAGGUUCUCAGCAAUUGCUUGGUGAUCCAUUUCCAGGUGUAAGGAAGCCCAUGAGUCCAGUUGCUGCACAGAUGAGUCCUUUGGAAAUACAACAAGCUGCAUUAGAGGGACUAGCAUUACCACAUGACUUGGCCAUACAGGCAGCAAACUUCUAUCAGCAUGGCUUUGGUAAACCACAAAUGGACAAAAGCAGAGAUGGCUACAGAAACAGGCAGCAGCGAGUGACUAAAUCACCUGCGCCAGGACACAGAGGGAAUGCAUCUUCUCCAGCACCUACAGCAUCCAUUACUAGCAUGCUGUCUCCUUCCUUUACACCUACCUCUGUGAUUCGUAAGAUGUACGAGAGCAAGGAGAAAAGCAAAGAGGAGCCAGUUUCUGGGAAAAUGAAAGUUGGUGAUGGUAAAGAUGAAAAUCAGAGGCCAAAUGAAGCUACAGAUAACCUACUGUCUAGUUCUGUGGAGAAUGCAGAUCAAGAAACUUUGCCCACCUUAGGUACCAAACUACCUGCACUGCAACGCUCUGCAUGUUCCACACCUCUUACCCAAGCAAAUCGUUGCACCAAAGAGCAAGACUACAGGCCUAAAUCAACUGGUAGAAAGACUCCUACAAUGGCCUCCCCAGUACCAGGAGGCCCUUUUCUUCGUCCUGUUCAUCAAGUACCCCUUGUUCCCCAUGUACCAAUUGUACGACCUGCUCAUCAACUGCAUCCAGGAUUGGUCCAGAGAAUGCUGGCACAGGGGGUUCAUCCGCAACAUCUUCCUCUACUGCAAGCAGGUAUGCUUCCUCCUGGGGUGGACCUGUCUCACUUGCAGGGCAUAUCUGCUCCCAUCCUUGGCCAACCUUUCUAUCCGCUACCAACAGCAAGCCAUCACAUCUUAAAUCCACGUUCUGGGACACCUUUGCAGCUAGCGAUGAUGCAACAGCAACUACAACGAUCAGGCACUGGAGCGCAGGGAUCAGCCGCUGGUGCACAAACAACCCCUCAAAAUGUGCUGCCUCGGACUGGAUUAUCUCAUGGGCACACACAGCUUGACCAUCGCCCCAGCCAGAGAAGUGGCUCUCCCAUUGGCCUUGCAAAAUGGUUUGGUUCAGAUGUCUUGCAGCAGCCUCUCCCUUCCAUGCCAUCCAAAGUCAUCAGUGUAGAUGAACUGGAAUACCGGCAGUGAACAGUGACCACUGGGUGGAACACUUGUGAUUCUUUAGACUGGAUAAAAAUGUCCAUAGUCAGGACUUCACCUCUGUUUGUUUUUUGGGGCUUUUAUUUUUAGCACUCUGUGCAAAAUUUCUUUUUGAGAGACUAAAGCACAUGGCACCUGUCCUGGUCUCAUGUCUGCAUCAAGACUAAAGGAUCCAUUAUGGCUUGAAUUAGUGAAGCCUGAAGAAAUUUAGAUGCAAGACAAAGCCAGUUUAAUCCUGGAAGUGUCUAUUUUUUUUUUGUUUUUGUAAGAUAUGUGAAUGAAGUGCUGAUAUUCUCUAGUGUAGAGGUAGCAGCUAUGGAUUCCUCCUGCAGAAAACUAAAUGUAUAGACCCUUGUGUACAGACUUGUGUAUAAACAAUCUUUUGUAUAUAUACACAUAGAAUAGCCUUUUUGAAUCUAUACAGCUGUACAUAAGAGUAGCUGGUAACAGUUGAGCUUUAGUUGUGCCUAUGGUUUGGAUCUUUCUCCAUUGUAUGUGUGGGACUUUCUUUAAGAUUAAAGUUGCAUAUCCUAAGUGUGAGUGAACAGGAUAAAGUUGCUUUGCCUUUUCUUGCUGCUCAUCUCCUCUAGGUCUCCCUCUCACGUUCUUCUGUCACGUACUGUGCACUCAGUGUAGCUAAAGUGUCAAAGUAAAAAGCCCACAUCUUGCUGUCUGUGUAACAAAGGUCUGAUUCCUUGUGUGUAUGAUUCUUGCCACCAAAUGAGAGAAUUGUUUAGUCUGAACAGCCUUGAGGAUGAGACCUGGUACGGUAAUGAUAAAGCCAGAUCUUCAGUCUGCCAUAAGCAAAGAGACUGUAGGUUCCUAAUGGUCAUAGCUCUUUCAAGAGGGCUGGUGCUGGUCCUUGUUUAGCUGCAGUAUUUUCUUUGUUUUAAUCUUUCAAACCAGUUACUAAAGGUCAUCAAAAUGGAACCUUUGAAUCCUCGCCCUUCAACUCCUCAGUCAUAGCUGUGGUAUGUUCUAUACUGCCUUCACUUCUAUUUACAGAAGGGAGUCCCAAGAACUGUCCUCAAUCUAGUGUGCAUCUACUGAUGCAAUUACUGUGAAGCUUGCCUUUGGAGUCUUGUUCUGUGGUUUGAAAGGGGGAGGAUGGGGUAGUUUUGUGAUCUUAUGGUGUAUAUUUGGUUUUAAAAAUACUAUGUUCCUUUUAAGCCUGCUUCCUGAACAGUUAAGUGUUCUCUUCCAUCCUUCUACUGCAUGGUUCCUCACUUCACACUCUCACUUGUGUUGAGUCUAGUACUGCUGUCACGUCAUCUAUCUAGCUUAGGCCAUUGUGCUCUUUUAAAAAAGGUGAAAGCAAAACCAGAAUUCUCACGGACUUGCUCUUUCUUAGGUCUAACUGAAUGCAAAACCAGCAGCAGGAAAAAAAAAAAAAAAAUCACUUGACUAUAUUAUAAUAAUUGCCAGCAUGCUGUGGUGGGUUUGUUUCAGUCCAGCAGAGACAAUGUUGUACAGAAAUAGCAAGCUGAAAUCGCCAAUGUGGAAUCUGUUGGGGGUCACCCUUACUUCUAGCAGUUGUUCCUAAAACAAUCUGUGUAGAACAUGCAAUCACCAGCUUGUCCUUGUAAGAUUGUUUUCAUACUUUUUUAACUUGACACUUUCCCAAUAACAUUCUGUAAAUAAAGUUGAUUCUACCAGC